UCCAGCUCCUCCUCCAACAUCGACCCAGUCAACUAUAUUGAAACAAAUGAUUCAAUCAUCCAACUACCCUCUAAAGUAGUGAUAGAAGAUAUUACUAUGGAGCUACACUGCCCACUGUGCAAUGAUUGGUUUUGUGACCCACUGAUGCUAAGCUGUGGCCACAACUUCUGUCAAGCCUGUAUCCAACAUUUUUGGAGGCUGAAAGCAAAGGAAACAUUCUGUCCUGAGUGUAAGAUGGUAUGUCAGUAUAGCAACUGUACAUUCAACCUUGUACUGGACAGGUUGGCAGAGAAGAUUAAGAACUUACCCCUACUCAGGGGCCACCCACAGUGCCCAGAGCAUGGAGAGAACCUGAAAUUGUUCAGCAAACCAGAUGGGAGACUGAUCUGCUUUCAAUGCAAGGAUGCUCGUUUGUCUGUGGGGCAGUCUACGGAGUUCCUGCAAAUCUCUGAUGCUGUCCGUUUCUUCACGGAGGAGCUUGCCACCCAGCAGGGUCAACUGGAGGCAACUCUGAAGGAGCUUCAGUCCCUGAAGAAGAGGCAGAAGGAAGCUAUUGCUGUUUACAAGGUGAGGAGAAAGACAGAGGGGCUAUGAGAUACAACUGGAACACAUCCUUCUUGUAACUUUAGCUAUGGGCACAAAGGUGC